AUGGACACGCUGAAGAAGGCGGAGAAGGAGAAGGCAGCCAAGAUGCUCCUGGCGACGCGGGCGCAGGCGAAGCUGAUGGUCCCGCACCAGAGGCUGGAAAAAGCCAUUGAACCCGACGGCUUCGGCAAGCUCCCCGAUGCCAUCAAGAAGAACGCGGCCGACAAGUUGCAGACGUUGUCGGCCAUUUUAAGGGCGAGCUCGAAGAUUGCCUCCAGGCGCUGGGGCCCCUCCAAGUUCACUUGGACGGCGACCGAAGUGAACGACAUCGCCAACACGGCGAAUGCACAGGGUGUGCUCGUGAGCACGAUGUGCAAGGGCAUCCAGACCAUGAAGUAUGCAUGGUCUGGACGUCAUCGGCGCGGCCUUAGCGCAGCCACGCAUCGCCAGGAGGUCGCUGCAGGUAGCGGCGCUGUCGGCCACGUGGUGCCUUAG